UGUGUAUUGUUCAACAAGCGGCGAGAUGUUCAAGAUAAAAAUCACACAAUUUGUUAAUCCGCAUCUCUUUUACUAUUACAACGAGGAGGAUGAGUUACUGCCCAAGCCACACGAGGUGAAAUUGAUGGAAAUCCUUCCCAACAAACAGACUUUGGAUGAAAUGAUUAUAAGUUACAAACCAAAGCUUCACGAGAUUGUCGCUCACUACAAUCCCACCGAGAAGAAGUGGAUCAGGGCUCAAGUUGACUAUAUCACCCAAUCUAUGAACAACGAGAAGAUUUACUUCCUUUUCGCGUUGGAUUAUGGGUACUCCAUGGAGAGCAUCGGGAAGUGGCUGUGGCCGCUGCCGCAGGGCCUGAAAGAAGCGUCAAAGAUUAUUUAUAUGGGAGGCAUAAAAUCGAUUGUCCCCUGCAAAUUGGGUGUGAAUCCGGUGAACGCCAAAGUGCAAAUGCAACCGCUGAAGCACUGGAGCAAAGGCGCGAUUAUCAUGUUCUCCAAGAUGCUCGACUCUUGUCACGCUGUGCACUUCCAGCCGGAGAUGAAGAGGCCCAAUGGCCAGAUCUUUGGCCAGCUGCAGCUCACGACGCUCUCGCUGCAGGACGUGGAUGUGGCAAGUGUGCUGAUGCAGGAGAAUUUCGCUCUCGCGUCUGAUGAUUUUGUGAAUGAUCUCGUGAAUUUGGGCACCACAAAAUUCGAACGGUGGCACGACAAUGAUCGCAACGCCGUGAAUUUUGGCCUCAGCACAGUUUCUCAGCGACCCAAUUACGUGACGACCGAGAAGAUUGUCGAGCCAGAGGAUGAAUAUGGGACUUUCUAUGGCUCGUGGAGCUCAGAAGAGAAGAAGGAGCUGACGAGGAUCUCGCGGUAUCACCGACGCAACGUGAAAGCGAAGGUGAGCAACUGGUGUGAGCAGAACGAACGACUCAUGGCUGUGGAGAGCGGAGCUGAUGAGGUGAAGAGCCACAAUCAAGUGAUUCAGGAGCUGAAGAUUGUGGACGUGCCGGUGAAGAAGCACCGCAGCAUGCAGACUCCCAUCCUGGAGGCGGACGAAGAAGCGGAUGAGUCCGAUUCGAAGCCCCAAGUGGAUCUCAAGAGCCUCAUUCGGGCACUACAGGAGGAACCAGAACCCCAAGACACGACCAAUUUGUCAUCCAGGACUUCCGCCAUGCCUCUUCCCGGCGGCGCCAUUCGCCACGCUCUCUUUGACUGAAAUUAUUAUUUUCUUUAUACUUUCUUUUCUCGCUGAAAUUGAAGUGACAUUGAAAUAAACAAAAUCCGUCUGAAUUACCCACAAUCCUUACAAUGAUAAAGAUUUGGUUCUUGAUCAAAUUCGUCGAGGCCGUAAGUCAAAAGUGAUGAGAAGAAUAAACACUCAGGA